AGCGAGGCACCACUGUACUUGGACCUCCAGGGGAGCUUCAAAGCAGAUUUCCCGGAAAAAGCAAGCUGAACAUUGGCCUGUGCGGGACAUAAGCCCAUUGGGUUUUGUCCUGCUGGACUGAUGGGUGAUCUUGGACAGCCAUUUUUUGAGCCCUCUCCUGAUCAAACAAUCUUUGCCAGCCGAGUCCCCCAGCACGGCGUCCAGCGAGGAGAGGAGGUUGUCCAGCCCUGGCUGAUCCUGGCACUUAGCUCCUUCCCCCCCAACCGGCUGUAGCUGGCUCACCUGGUCCUACUCCAAGGGAAGCUGUUUGUACAAAUAAAUAGCUGGUUCUGCAACCCUUUUGACCUCCAAUCCAGCCCACUCUGCACGAAGUCAGCAUGGCGAUCUCUCCUCUCUCUCUUCUCGUUCUUGCUGGCUUGCUAGGAUCCUUGGCUACCGAAGAUCUUCAAAAGAAGGUCUUCGUUUUCCCAACCGCAUCAAACAGCGCUGCAGUGUUUUUGAAGGCCCCGCUCCAGCAGCCACUGACCAGCUUCACCGUGUGCCUGAGAUCCUACAGCCUCUUGACCCGUGCAUAUGGCCUCUUCUCUUAUGCCACCCGGAGAAACUACAAUGAACUCCUCCUCUACAAGUUCAACCCAAACCAAUACAGCCUUUACCUGGGAGGCUCCACUGUGAGCUUCGACCUUCCAGAAAAGCAGGGCUCACAAUCGGAUUGGGAACACAUCUGUGUGAGUUGGGACUCUGCCACAGGGUUAGUGGAAUUGUGGGUGGAUGACCAUCUUUUGCCACGCGUGGGGCUGAAGAAAGGUUAUGCCAUCAAUCCCGAGGCAUCUAUUGUCCUUGGGCAAGAUCAGGACUCCUUUGGAGGUGGCUUUGAAAUCAACCAGUCAUUUGUAGGAGAGAUAUCAGAUGUAUACAUGUGGGACAGGGUGCUGACUGCUGAUGAGGUGAAUCUUGUCUGGAACGACCUCAGAGUUGAUAACUCCCUGAUUGACUGGAGAGACCUAGAUUAUGAGACCAGAGGCUAUGUGGUCCUUCACCCUCCUGUUUUUCCAAGCUACUGAUUGAGGAACAGUUGCUAAACAAAUCAGUUCCCUUAACAGCUGGUCUUCUCUCUCUCUAGCUUAAAGCAGUCUGAAAAUUGUA